AUGACCUCCAACUAUCAUCCCAACAGCAAGGUAGCUUUUGUUACUGGUGCCAAUGGGAUCACUGGAAACGCCAUUAUUGAGCACCUGAUUCGUCAGCCUGCGUCUGAGUGGUCCAAGUUUGUGAUCACAACAAGACGUGUUCCCAAAUGGCCACUAUGGCAGGACCCUCGCAUCAGGUUCAUUGCCCUGGACUUCCUCAAGCCUGCCGAGGAGCUUGUCGAGCAAAUGGAGCUCCUGUGCCGCGAUGUGACACACGCUUUCUUUGCCUCCUACGUCCACGAGACCGACUUUGCGAGGCUGAAAGACUGUAACGUGCCGCUGUUUAAAAACUUUCUCGUGGCUAUUGACCAGUCUAGCAAGUCUUUGCAACGAGUCAUCCUUCACACUGGAGGCAAGAAUUACGGCGUUCAUCUUGGUCCUGUCGAGGUUCCAGUCCAUGAAGGCAUGGCUCGGUAUGAAGACUUUGGAGAAAACUUCUAUUAUAUCCAAGAAGACUUCAUGUUUGAGUUGGCCGCCAAGCGCGAAUGGCAUUGGAAUAUCAUUCGGCCCAUGGGCAUCAUCGGGUACACACCUGCAGGCAACGGAAUGUCGAUGGCACUCACUGUGGCCAUUUACUUCCUCAUUUGCAGGGAACUUGGGCAAGUCCCAAUGUUCCCAGGGAACAAAUUCUUUUACAACGCCGUUGACGACGCGUCCUACGCGCCAAGCAUUGCGGAUAUGAGCGUCUGGGCUUCUACCAAUGAGCACACCAAGAACGAGGCAUUCAACCACAACAAUGGAGACUAUAUCGUCUGGAGGUACUUCUGGGCAAAGCUCGGCGGGCAUUUCGGAAUGGAGGUGCCGGAGAUCCCCGACUCAGCGUGGACAGCCAGCGGAGAGAGUCAUAAGUUGGAAAGUCAGAUCAAGAUGGUAGAAUGGGCCAAGGACAAGAGACCCGCAUGGGAACGAGUAGUGGCGAAGAAUGGUGGAAAUUGUGAGGCGUUUGACUGGGCCACCUGGGAUAUUCUUGACUGGGGUUUGGGUGAAGGCUGGCUGGCCAUCACUUCGGUCGCGAAGGCCCGCGUCCUCCCGAUGAGCACACCAAUCGAAAAGAAGGCAACAGGCCUUCGUCCCCAUCCUGGAGGACGCUAG